AUGGAGUGCAACAGAGAUGAAGCCCUAAGAGCAAAAACAAUUGCUGAGGACAAGUUAGAGGAAAAGGAUUUUGCUGGUGCAAGAAAAUUUGCCUUGAAAGCACGUAUUUUAUAUCCAGGACUUGAGGGUAUUGCCCAGUUGUUGACAACACUUGAUGUGUGUAUUUCAUCGGAGAACAAAACUAAUGGGGAAGUAGACUGGUAUGGAGUACUUGGUGUAAAUCCAUCCUGUGAUGAUGAAACAAUAAGAAAACAAUACAGGAAGUUGGCUCUCCUGCUUCACCCUGAUAAAAAUAAUAUUGUUGGUGCUGAUAGAGCAUUUAAACUUCUUUCAGAAGCCUGGAGCUUGUUAUCAGAUACAGCCAAGAGGUUUGCGUAUAAUCAAAGGAGGGGUUGUAGAGGAGUCCAACAGAAAGUUCCCAUGCAUGCUGGUGGUCCGUCUGCUGCAUCCUGUGCAAAUGGAUAUCAUAAUGUUGCACGUAGGACAACAUCAGUUCUGAAGACGAAGAACAAUGGUGCAAAGACAUAUCUUAACCAAACUCUUCUGUGUCCCAAUUGUCACAAGGCCUUCCUGGCUUCUGAGGCGGCUUCACCUUUGAAUAGUUCCAAAUCUUCCAAUCCUGCUCCUUCCCAGCGGUAUCAAAAUUCAAGCAAUUGUGCACCUAGUCAGAAUGCUUUUGAUAGAGGAAGAAAUGCUGCCGCUGCUAAAACAUCAGGUCCAGGACAAGCAGAUCCAAAUUCAUUUAAACAUGCAAGCUUCCGGCAGGAUUCACUAUCUGGAACAGUUGGUGUUAGUGGCAAGGAUCCUUCUUUCACAACAAAAGCAGCAAAUGUUGUAAAGCAAGUACAACAGAAAUUAAAGAGAGAGCAUACUGAAUCAAACGCCCCUACCGAUUUGGAGGGAGAUAUUAUAAAACAAAAACUAGAUAAGGAUGGUUAUCAUUAUGGAAUGAACAAUUAUGUGGGCCGGGAAAAUGGUGGUUUUGGAAGACCAGAUAUAUCAAGGAUCUAUCAUUUUCCUGGCACUUACAGGACUCCAAGCAACACUGUGAAUAGAGAGAGCAAGAAAAUAACAGAAAGCAAGAGAGAGAAAGAUAAACGCACCCAUAGUGGGAAAGUCGGGUUGUCUUCCGUGGUAGAAGAGCUGGAAGACAAGCGUCAUGUUAGUUGUUCAGCUGAUAAUGCGGAUAAGAAGAAUAUCAUGUCACUAUCACUGCAUGUUCCAGAUCCCGACUUUCAUGAUUUUGACAAGGAUAGAAGUGAAAGUUCUUUUGGCGAUAAUGAAGUUUGGGCUGCUUACGAUGAUGACAAUAACUGGGUAGGCUCAGGUUUCUACAAAACCUGUGGGGAAUUUAGAAUUGGCAGAUAUGAAAUCUGCACAUCUAUUAAUUCUUUUUCUCAGAAGGUUGUUUGGUCAAAAGGCCCACGAGGGACUAUUCAAAUAUUUCCCAAAAAGAGUGAUGUUUGGGCACUUUUUAAAAAUUGGUCAUCUGAUUGGAAUGAACGUACUUCUGAUGAAGUUAUACACAGUUAUGACAUGGUGAUGGUGCUUGAUGAUUACAAAGAAGAGGGCGUGUCUGUUGCUCCUCUUGUGAAGGUGAUCGGUUUUAAGACAGUAUUUCGUCCAAAUUUGGAGCCGGAAAUGGUCAAUAGAAUCCCCAAAGAAGAGAUGUUCCGAUUUUCUCAUCAGGUCCCUUAUCACUUGCUUACUGGUCAAGAAGGUCAAAAUGCGCCAAGAGGUUGCUUGGAACUGGAUCCAGCAGCUACCCCAUUGGAACUUCUUCAGGUAAUAGCAGAGUCUCAUGAGGUGCCAGUCAUACCAAAUGAAGGAGAGAUUAAGAGGUAA